CUUGACUUUUGUUGUUAUAGUUGUUAUGUCAUAAUAGAAAUAUAACCUGUGAAAAUAAUUACUCUUUCCUUAUUUCCUCAAACAUUCAAGUGAUUACGUUCUAAUGAAUUAAACCACAGCAUCAAGCAGUUAUUGUUCUAUUAUCUCGAACGAUAUUAAUUAAAGUAAGGUCAUUUCUUACAGUUCUAUUUUAAAACAUAACAUCUGUAUUUUUAGAAAUGUUUUCCAAUGGUUUAACUUGCAAUUUACCGUUUAGUUGUAUGAGUGUAAGAGACUCUGGUUCCGAUGAACUACUACCUAAUAAAAUGUCUCGGGAACCUGUGUUGUUAAAUGUUUAUGAUAUGUACAAAAUUAAUGAAUUUACCAGUAAUAUUGGAUUGGGUGUUUUUCAUUCAGGUGUUGAAAUAUAUGGAACAGAGUACGCGUAUGGAGGCCAUCAAUAUUCAUUUACUGGCAUAUUCGAAAAUAUACCUAGGGAUGAAAAAGAAUUAGGAGAACAGUUCAAAUUUAGACAAACAAUACAUAUAGGAUAUACAGAUUUUACAGAAGAAGAUGUUAAAAGAAUUGUUAAUGAAUUAGGAAAGGAAUUUAGGGGCGAUAGAUAUCAUCUUAUGAACAAUAAUUGUAAUCAUUUUUCAGGAGCAUUUUGUAAGAUAUUAUGUGGGCAAGAUAUUCCUCCUUGGAUUAACAGACUGGCAUAUUUCAGCAGUUGGGUCCCAUUUUUGGAACGCUGCCUACCGAAAGAGUGGUUAAUGCCGAUGGCCCUUCAACACUCACUCAGCUGUCGGCAAGAUUCGACAUGCUCGGAAGCAUCUACAUCGCCAUUUUGAAAUGUGAAAAACAAUGUCUGUGUAUUAUCAGUGAAUUUUAACUUUUAUUUCACAAACAUUUUUCAUCAUUCUAAGUAAUUAUUUGUUUGUCG